CGUCUAACUAACCAACGAACAUCAAUUUCAAUCCAAUGCCUUGAGUUUUCAGUAGUACCGGCAACGGCAAAUGGUUUCCAUAUAUCGUGAUCGGACGUCGGAGUUUCGGUCGCUGUCGGAUACGUUGAGGAAGAUUGCCGGAGUCACAGCCGACGUCCAUCCAGUUCAAAAUGAACCAUCGGCGUCAGUACUCUCCGGAUCACCGGGCUUUGCACGGUCUGAAUUCAGCAGGAAGGCAUCUCUUAUCGGCUGGGGUAUCCAAGAAGCCUCUCAGAAGAUCGCGAGGCUUGCUCAGUUAGCAAAAAGAUCAUCGAUGUUUGAUGAUCCAAUCAGGGAAAUCCAGGAAAUGACUGCUUUGAUUAAGAAUGAUAUUACAUCAUUGAAUGUAGCUAUCUCAGAUUUGCAAGCCAUCCAAACGAUGGAGAUAGCAGAGGGGAAUUAUUCUGAGGACAGAGUGGUUCAUUCAACCGCUGUCUGUGAUGACCUUAAGAGUAAACUUAUGGGAGCUACAAAACAACUUCAAGAUGUGUUAAAUGCAAGAACAGAGAAUAUCAAGGCCAAUGAGAGCCGGAGACAAAUAUUCUCUGCAAAUGCAACCAGAGAAAGUCCUUUUCAAAAUCAAGCUAAAACUGUAACUCAACCUCCACCUUGGUUAAGUAAUACAUCUGAAAGUGAUCAAUCAUCCUUGUUGUCAUCAAAUGGAGGUCAAGCUGGGGGUCAAUUGAGACGAAGGCUAGCUGUGGAGGUCACCCCAUCACAGCAAAUGGAGAUGUCAAUGUUACAGCAGGUGGUUCCUAGGCAGGAAAACUAUUUACAAAGUCGGGCAGGUGCUCUCCACAAUGUGGAAUCCACCAUCUCAGAACUGGGUGGAAUUUUUACACAUCUUGCCACAAUGGUAGCACAUCAAGGAGAACUUGCUAUCAGGAUUGAUGACAACAUGGAUGAAUCAAUGGCGAAUGUAGAAGGUGCUCGAACCUCUCUCUUUAGGCAUCUUAACCAGAUAUCAUCAAACAGAUGGCUUCUUAUCAAAAUAUUUGUUAUUCUAAUAAUUUUCUUGAUGCUCUUUAUUUUCUUGGCAUAAACAUCACCCAACUUCUAAAUUUUUGCCCACCUUUCUCCAUGUCUAUCCUGUAGAUUCAAUGAUAUUCCUUUGCUUAGAGGUUCUGUUAAGUCUGGGUGUACACGAACGCAGCAUCUUGUUAUAUAUCUUUUACAAAAGUAAGCAUAUAUAAUAUACUGUAUUGCGGGAGUUUGGACUUGGA